AUGGAGGGAAACGGUCGUGGCUCGAAUUUGGCCAGGCGUCAGCAAUGUGCCUGUUUAAUUCAGGAAAUUGGGUCGCGCCUACCAACGACCCAAGUUGUUAUCAAUGCCAGUCUCUACUACAUGCACCACUUCUACGAGAUCUUCUCACCUGAGACCAUCAAACCUGUCAUGGUGGCAUUGGCCUCUCUGUACAUUGCAUGCAAAACAGAAGACUUUUCGAGGAAGCUGGCAUUGCUAAUCUCUGUGGCCUAUGCUGCAUUUAAAAAGCCCAUGCCUCCUGAAAACUCCAGCACUUACAAGCGCAUUGUUCAGAAUAUACACUCACUGGAGGCCACCAUGUUAAUGGUGAUUGGGUUCCAAAAGCUGGACGUUAAACAGCCACAUGUGAUUCUUAUCACCGUCCUUCGCGAUAACAAGUUCCCAAAAGACAUUUCCCACACAAGCUACUACGUGUGUACACACAUUCUUCACUUUACUACUCUUGUUUUGCGGCAUUCCAUGGAGGCAAUAGCUGCCACAAGUUUGUACAUAGCAGCUAAGUGGAACAACUUUGAUAUUCAAUGUGGCGAUGGUGAAUGGUACCUACAGUUUUCGCCCAAGUUAACAUUGGAGGAGAUUCGAAGCAUGACUGACGAGUUCACCCAGGCCUUCCAGGCUUGUGACAUGAAAAUCAAGGAACAUGUAAAGAAUCUACUCAAAGUGAGUCAGCAUUCCUUCUGCCAAUUGUUUAGUCUCGCCGUAUUCCACGAGAAGACCCAAUGGCCCGCCGAUUCACUGAACCUCCAAGGGUUAUUUCCAGCGACUAACUCGUAUUUUUCGCCUCGUCAGGUGUUUAAUCGUGGGGAAAAGCGACCCUACGAGUCUCACAACUCCAUGAAUUCGCAACAAUUGUCUGCCAUCAAGGGAAGGAUGCCCCUCUCUGGUAGUUGUGGUAGCGUCGGCAGUGCCUAUCGUGAAAGUGGCCUUCAAUCCGUGUCGAAAAACAGCGGAACAUACGGCGAUUACCACCUCGAUGCCAAGAUUCCUCGUGUUCAUUCGCCCCAGUCACAACCGCCUCCACAAAUCUCCAGUCAGCCCUCUUUCCAAAAUAUUCCUCAUCCCGAAUCUGCCUCCUCGUACAAGGUACAUGAACUGUGCUUUUUUAGCAGCUAA